GUUCUCCUGCGCUACCGGCCGGGAGUCCCAGUCUCUGCUGAUGGUGGUACUGACCGCCUGGUCGGUCCCCUGCGUGACUCUACCCACUUGGAGCCCUCAAUUACCCCUCAAUCAUGCCGUGUAACAGAUGGCAGCAUGCCUCAAACCUCCUUCGAGGAGCCACCCAUCGGCUUAAGCGCGGGCAUCAGUAUCCACGCCCUGACCAAGUCCAACAGCUACUACGACGCUUUAGAGGUCGUGUUUUGGAAGGUGUCCAAGUGGCAAAAUGGUCUGGAUCCAAAGGCCAUUUUGUGGUGUCUCGCCUUACCGCGACUUUAUGGCCAUCCGUUCGCCCACAGCCUGAGUGACCGAACUAUGAUUCACACUGGUUGA